AUUGUUCUUGCUAACCGUGUGAUGGAUGGGUAUCACACCAUCUCCGAAUUGUGUCCUCAGAUCACUGGGUGGACAAUAUGUGUAUUUGUCCUCAGAGUGUUUAAGAAGUUUGUUGCGCCCAACGUCUUCGAACUCGGCCUUAUCUUGGCAGAUAAUUCGGGAUCCCGUUCCCGUAUCGAGGCCACCAUUGAUCGUCGCCUUGCUCCUUUUUACAUAGACCGAAUCAAAGAAAAUGAGUGGAAAAUUGUGACCACUUUCUUGGUCCGUAACGUCGCUGACCCAGUGAGAGCAACAUCUCAUGACUACGGCAUAUGGUUUAUGGAUCGGACGGUCGUUACUAAUGCCUUACGAAGGGACCCAAUAUCGUUUUACGAUUUUACUCAAUUCGACUACAUUUGGGAGAAAACAGUUGAUAAGAAAGUUUUAGUCGAUGUCAUUGGAGCGUUGUUGGAGGUUGGCCACUUGACCGGAGACUUCUACGGUCUCAAGCUUCCUUUCAAGAUCAAAGAUAGAUACAACGAAGUUUUGGAAUGCGAAGCACACAAUGAACAGGCGUUGGAAUUCCAAACCUUCUUUCGGAGUCUAGGUCAGCGCAAUGUUGUUGUCGCACUCGUCUUCUGGCGUUUAACCGACAGAGCUAAUCCUAAGGUUGUGAGUCAUGGUCCUGUGUCAAAGGUCUUUGCCGAUCCGGACACACCGGAAGUGGAAGAGAUCAAGCAGGUCAUUUUUUAGUUAGGGGGAUUUGUUUUCCCCAGUCUUCUUAUUAUUAAAGACCAGAUUUAUAUUAAGUAUUGUAAAACUACAUAAACUUUUUGUCGUUUUCUAAUUACUUGACUUUGUAUAAUAAACUAUUGGGUAAUUGUACGUACAUUUUAUACGUACAGCGUCUACAAUUACAAUUAAUUUGCCAGUGUACGUUUUACUAGCUUUUUGGUUCUUCAAUCAGCAAAUUGUACGAAACCCUUGUACGUACACGAAAACAUACAUAUAUCAUAAUUGUUGUCCUCAAACAACAAAAACUUCAUUCAUUCAUAAUUAAGUGCCCGAAGAAGGACAUACAUUCAAGAAAGACAAACAACUUAUAUUAGAUGCGGAAGCAAUAAACUAAAAAGUAGAGCCCGAAGCAUACACAUGAGCCAGAAAAUUGUAUGCCUCAUCCGUCAUUAUCAAAGUCAUAUCUAAUAGAAGACACACAUCUCCCUCGCGUACCAGUAAAAGAAACACCCUCUGCAGCCGGAACUGUACGUGCAAAGGCCAACACAUGCCGGUGUGUGCACAUACCUCCAUGAACGUUGCCAGAGCCGAGGACCUUCGGUGUGAAGCUGGCUUAUGUGAUACAUCACCAUCUCCCCCACUGCGUGAGCUGCCGCUAAUGUGGGUGUCAUCGCCCAGAACAU